AUUGGAGCCAUCAGAGCGCAACGUCGUAUUCUUCACACUUCUCCUAUACUUAUAUUUCUAGGGUUUUCGGAUUGUUUAACUAAAAUUCUCACACAACUGAUAGGGCCAAUCAACAUGAGCUCCAAUCAAAUCAAUAACAGCGGCACGAUGUUUAGACAAGCGAAGAUUGUUGAUUCGAUUGGCAGUGAUUGUCCUCGAUUGAAUAAUAAUAACAACAAUUUGGUUGUAAGAAGUCGUCGUCGCUUUUUUGAGUGGGGGCCUUGUAAGGUAACGGUGAUUCCAAGGGUUCCAGUUCCGAGGAUUCGAAGGAUCAAGAAAUCAAAGCAUAAGUCCAGGCUUCCGGGAUUCUUUCACUCGCAGCUCCGAAUGAUGAAAGACUGGAUUGCAUAUCUGCCACUUGUUCCUGUCAUUCAUCAGUUUGGUCAAUCUAUGGCUUACUUCGUUUGGGAUGAGGAGGUAAAUCAUUUUGACAUGUGGGUAUUGAAAUAUGAUCAUAUAAAUGAGUUUACGUGGGAGAAGAAGAUGUGUGUCACUCCAAGUAUACAUGUUGAGGAGGAAGUCUUGGGUGUGAGGAACAACGGUGAUCCAAUACUUGCAAAAUCUAAUAAUUUGAUUUCAUACAGUCUUGAGAGCCAUCAAGCAAAUGGUUUCGUUGAUUCAUGGGAUCGUUGGACUCCCAAUUCCCCGUACAAUGGAGGCAAUGGACCACCUUAUGUCAUUAGGCCUUUUGUAGAGAGUUUGGUUUUGCUUAAUGAUUGAAGAAAAUUGCAAAAAUUAUCAAGUCCGAAGCCUUGCUACUCCUAAAACUGAGCUAUCGAUUUUUGUGGAUUUUAUUUUUUGCUUGAUAAAAUUCAGAGCAAUUGAUUUAUGAAUAUAUCUGAUCAUGUUUUUUUGUUUAAGAAUUACCCUCGUUAUACAUGGUGGUAACAAAGAUUGAUAUACCAAGUCAAAUCUCAUUUCUCAA